UUUCAAAAUUCAAAAACAUGUAUUCAUAUUGAAUUUUUGAGUCUAGAACGUCUCAACUGAGUAGAUACCUAUACAUCCUGCAUCAAUACAUAGACGUUCCAUCCAUACUUAGCUCACUCUGUAUAGGUAUUGUGGUCAGUGCAAACCGUUGCCAUGUUGCAAGACUGCAAGCCUGAAUUGACGAUGAUGCAACCGGUAACCGGUGCAGCGAAUCCAUGCAUUGGAGAAAGAAGAAGAAGAUUAAAGUAAAGAAUGUGCGAACCUGCAAAUUGCAUAUCAUUCGUCCGUCAUAAAACCAGACAAUAUAACCAGUGCGUGAGUCACUGAGUAAUGUGACUAUGGUCUCGUAGUCCAGUGUGUAUUUGCAACAUAAAAAUAACAUAAUUUUAAACUAAAUAGGUGCAUAAUAAUAUAUUAGGUAAAAUACCUAGAAUAUUAAAAUAUGGAAGACAAUCAACUUACGUUAGACCAUGCAGAAGCACUAAUAACUACAGAGAAUGAAACAAUUGCCACUGAAAUUGAAGCAAUAAAAAGUUUCAAGACAAAGUUACCCAAAGACAUUUCAGUAAAUUUUACAGAAGAAGGAUUGGAUAAUGCUCUUGAAUUUAUUUGUAGCUCCACUUUAAACGAGCGUAAAAUACUUUUGCUCUAUUUCCACAACUCGGACCUUCCCUUCUCCAACAUGUUCUCGAAAAACUUACAAUCUGGAGAACUGGCACAAAUCUUAAGCAGAAACUUCCUAGUUUUGGGUUGGGAUGUCGAAAAUCCUGAUUACCAUGAUGCGUUAGUGACUACAUUAAGUCGCCAUGCUAAUUUGGCCAUUUUAUCAGAUCUUGUACUCAAUAAAGUGGCUGUCGCACUUUGCAUAAUGCCAGUUGAUAGUACCAUUAGUGUGUUCUUAUGCUUACGUGGUAAAAUAACUUUGACAGACUCAAUCAAGAGCUUAAAGGAAACUGAGGUAGCUUUUAUCAAGCAGCUUGAAACUGAAAAGGAAUUGGCUGAAAUAACACAUCAAAAAAGUGACCAAAACGACUUGGGGUCACAGCAAAUGCACAGUAUUUGGGCGAAUAUGCUGGGAGAUAGAGAUUAUGACAGCUUUGAAUUCGAUCAGCAUGAUUAUUUGAAGGAUAAAAUCGGGUUUGCACUUAAGGGACCACCACAAGAGACUAGUGGAUAUGAUAAAAAGACCAAGAUUCAUAUUGAUACAUUAUUUAAGGCCAUUCAAACCCAAAGUAGUGCCAUAGCUGAACACAAAGAUCGUAUGGAAAUAUCAUUUAUCUAUAAUUGCUUGGAAUCACUUCCACAAGAAAAAAUUAGGAGAUCUAAAAAAUAUCCUGAUUAUAAUCCACAAACAGAUAUGAAUCCAGUGCCAGUUUUUGUUUUAAGAAAAUGCAGAGGCAGCCAAAAUCCAUGCAGAAUUUUCAUAGAUGAUAAUGGAAGAGUCUAUAAAAAUUGGAACAGUUAUUUGACAAAAAAUAAAUAUCCGAAAUGUGAAAUGGUUGUUCCACGAAAUGGAAGGUAUGAAGUUAUAAACAACACAGUUCUCCUCGAACAACACUUAUCGCCUCCGUGUCAUUUGGACGUAAAACUUCUUCAAGUAGGUGAUAUAGUAACUAGUCUAGCAGGCUUGGCUUCAGGUUGUGUUUUUUUAACUGCCGCUGGUUUAGCAGUUGCUCCACCUGUUUUAAUAGCUGCAGGAGUCGUUGGAGCUGGAGCAGGAUCAUGGGCUAUCGGAAGAAGCAUUUACACAUUGUGCGAUAGGAGUACGCAUAAAGUGACUAUGAGUUUCAAGAACUCGGAAGCUAGAGGAGCCUACAUAAACAUUGUGGCUGCUUCUUUAGGAUUUGUAGGAGCUGGAGCUAAUGUGGCAUUCACACAAUUGGUCGCUAGAGGGGUUAAUAUUGGACAAGGUGCAAUUUAUUCGUUCAAUACAAUGGGUAUAUUAAAUCUUGGUGUGGGAGGCGCAAGUGUUGUAAAUUCAGGAUAUGAUGUUUUCGAUCAAUGGUACAAUAAAAAUCAAACUCCAUCAGCACUGACCAUAUUACAACUCAGCUCUUCAAUACUAUUCUUUGGACAUGCAGUAUUCAGUUUUAGAGGAGCUCAAACCAUCAUAGAGGAAACUCAAGCUAGAGUGUUGAAAGAUUAUCAGGAUUCUUUGAGUAGCAAUAGAUACAGAAAAAUGUUCAACAAACUCAUUCAAGACACUAUUGUGUCACAAGGUGAUGAAGCCAGGGGCAAAGCCGAAGUAAUAUCAGCCAUAAGAAAUAUACCAAACAAAGACGCAGUUUUUGAAGCCCUAACGAAAAACAAUAAGUCAAUGAACGAAGCUGGUAUUAAAUUUUCAGCUCAAGAUGGGAAAAUUACAUUGGGAGGCAUUCCUGUGGAUAUGAAGGAAUUUAUUGGUUGUUACAAGGGACAAACGGAAGCUUUUCUAUACAACUUGGCCCAAGACAAAUCAUCAGUAAAUUUAGGACCUUCUCCCGUAUCAGAUCCAACCAACAAUAAUAAUUUACUCAAAAGUGCUAUUGAUAGUUUAUUGACUCUUUUGACCAUUGACAGUUCCAGUAUUAAUGAGACAGAAUUAUUAAUAUUGACAUCAAAAAUUUUAAAUUUUUGCAGUGGUGACAUCAAAACUAAAGUAAUUAAUUCCAUUCAUCAAGCAAUAGAAUAUAUUAUCACCAAAGUAUCUAGUUCAUUUGCAGAAGAAAUCAAUCAAAUCUUGCCAAAACAAUCUCAAUUUUUCGAAUUUUUACAGUUGGCUAUUUCAUACUUCAGCAGGCAAGUUGACGAAUGCGAACAAAAAUAUCAGAAGUAUCAACAGACAGGAGAUGUAACAUAUAAAGAUCCGAUAUUUGAUAAGAUCAAUCUUUCGUAUGUAAAACGUAUAGUGCAAUUUUUUCAAUUUGCUGUUACAAACAGCUUUUCGGGCAAGAAUCUUACCAAAACAGUAUUGACUGAAAUUGCCGAAUACGUUACUGCUUGGGUUGCCAGGCUUAUAUUUGAGAAGGAAGAGAAAAAGGAAAAAGAGGAAAAAAGGAACCAUCAUUGUUCAGGAUUUGAAACUAGAAGAGUAAAUUGUAGCAUUUGUGGAGGGUAUUAUUUCAGGCAUGGAAAGUAGUGAAUCUCAAACAUGCGGAAAGCUUUUUCUGGUGCAAAAUUUAAUUUUAAGUGCUCACCUAUACAUACUUACCCAUAGUCUAAGCAGCGACUGCAAUUUAAAGUUCCUUUUCUAUCAGAACAAGCAGGUUUAUUUUAACGUGCAAUUUUAUGUGAUGAAUACUGAAUCAAUGGUUUUGGUUUUAUCAAUUUGAUAUUAUUUACUGGAAGUUAAAUUGUUAUAUUUUAUACUUUUGUAUUGAAUAUUUAGGUACCUACUUAUAUUGUUAUGAUAACAUUGUUAGGAAUAUGUUUUCAAAUAUAUUUGCUUCUACUAUAC